GGGGAAAAAUUAAGACACCAAUUCUGGCCAGUUGACAGCGAAGAAAACAACACACAUAUUUACGAUUUCAAGUUAUCACUUUACUUAGUCAAUUCUGUUAUCGUAUGCUGUAUCCGUUUGUGAGCAAAACGGCCAAUUAACUUUAAUUGAACUACUAUACGGAAGACCGCCAGUUUGUCCGCCGCAAAUGCCAAUAUGCUGGUGCUAGUGUUAGGUGACCUACACAUUCCCCACCGGUGCAGCAGUGUUCCGGCCAAGUUUAAGAAGCUGCUAGUUCCGGGGCGUAUACAUCACAUCCUUUGCACUGGGAACCUAUGCAGCAAGGAAUCGUACGACUAUCUGAAAACGCUCGCCAACGAUGUGCACAUCGUGCGCGGUGAUUUCGACGAAAAUACCAACUACCCGGAACAGAAGGUCGUCACCGUGGGGCAAUUUCGUAUCGGACUUUCACAUGGCCACCAGGUUGUACCGUGGGGCGAUCCGGAAGCGUUAGCGCUUAUCCAGCGACAGCUUGACGUGGAUAUACUGAUAUCGGGGCACACGCAUAAGUUCGAGGCAUACGAGCACGAGAACAAGUUCUACAUCAACCCGGGCUCGGCCACCGGUUCCUAUAACCCGCUGGACACCUCCGUCAUACCGUCCUUUGUGCUGAUGGACAUUCAGAGCACGACGGUCGUAACUUACGUGUACCAGCUGGUCGGUGACGACGUGAAGGUAGAACGAAUUGAGUAUAAGAAGAAUUGAACGCUGUCAUCAAGCCGGCGCCAACUAGCAGAACCGGAGCAGGCCCAGCGAUAGGACGCGUCGAAUCGAAUAAUGAAAGAUGUGAAUUUAAAUAUGCAUAAAUAUAAUUGUAUUCGUGAAUGAAAA